UGGACGGCAGUUCUGUCUUUAGCAUCAAACCAUUAUCCAAACUCCAAAACAAUCUAGUACCCAACUACAAAAGGUAAGUCAAAAAAAUUGAUUCUUUUCUGUUCUUUAUACACAUAUAUCAAACCAAAUGGACUGCUUUUGUCUCAUGUGUCAUCUGUUUUCUACUAGUAGUAUAAAACUCUGGUCCUUCUCAUUUCCUUCACCUCACUUUCAAUACCCAACUCCUAUUUCUUUGUAAAGUUUCAAUCUUUUGCACUAUGGCAGCCUCAAACUCUUCUUUUGAUCAGACAUCAGCUAUAGCAACAAAGGCUAAGAAUGGUGAAGAUUUCUCAGUUCAUGUGUUUUCGUCCUCAACCGAGUUACUUGAGAAGUUGCACGAGAAGUGGAGUUCAGUGAAGCAGCAACCCUAUCCAGCAAUGUAUUCUAGUGUAUUUGGUGGAAUCAUUCUUGAUCCAGCAAUGAUGGUUAUUCCAAUGGAUGAUCACAUGGUUCAUCGUGGACAUGGUGUCUUUGACACAGCUAUUGUUCUUGAUGGCUAUCUGUACGAAUUGGAUGUCCACCUUAAUCGCUUUCUUAGAUCAGCAUCCAAAGCCAGGGUCGCGUCUCCAUUUACGUUUUCAGAACUUAAAAGCAUUCUAAUUCAACUUGCUGCAGUAUCAAAGUGCACGAAAGGCACUCUGAGAUAUUGGUUGAGUGCGGGGCCCGGGGACUUCUUACUCUCUCCAGCUGGAUGCCCGACAUCUGCAUUCUAUGCUGUGGUGAUUGAUGAGGAUUUCGCACAAUGCAAAGAAGGGGUAAAAGUGAUAACUUCUGCGAUCCCCAUGAAAUCACCUCUUUUUGCUACUAUGAAAAAUGUAAACUACCUCCCGAAUGUCCUCUCCAAAAUGGAGGCCGAGGAUAAGGGAGUGUUUGCAUCUAUCUGGGUUGACGAAGAAGGUUAUAUCGCUGAGGGUCCGAAUGUGAAUGUUGCUUUUAUAACUUCUGAUAAGGAGCUUAUCUUGCCUAGCUUUGAUAAGAUCCUAAGUGGGUGUACAGCUAUGAGGCUACUUCAACUUGCACACAAGUUGGUCGAGCAAGGAAGUUUGAAAUGUGUCAAAACUACUGACAUCACAGUUGAAGAUGCUAAACGAGCUGCUGAAAUGAUGUAUGUUGGAAGCACACUUCCUUUGUUACCAAUCAUCAUGUGGGAUGAGAAACCUAUUGGAAAUGGGGAAGUGGGAGAAUUGACAAUGGCACUCUCGGAUUUACUUUGGGAAGAUAUGGCAGCUGGCCCAGAAUCACAGAGAAUUCCAGUUCCAUAUGCUUAAGAAAUCAAUCUCAUAUUGGAGAACAUGCUGAUAGAGCGCGGUGAAUGGAUUUGAAGUCAGUAAUAUUCCGUUUUCUAAGUAGCGGGUGGUAGCAGCAGUGUGGCACGGAAAGUAGGUCUUAAUAAGCUUUGUUUUGUGUGAAGGUUCUCUAGCAUUGAAGGCUUUAUGCUUUUCAGGUAUUGACCGCUAGAAGUGAGUCAACCAAAUAGUCUUGCAAUGUAUUGGACAUGAACUACUCUAUUUUUAUGUUUGGAAUAGAUUGAAAGAAUGAAAAA